AUGGCGUGAAACAUUGGGAAAACAUUUCUACUUUCAGUUCAAAAUUUAACGUGUUUUGAGCAGUUUUACUAAAGCUGUCAUUUUUGGUUCCCCUUACUUUUAUAUAUUUCUAAGGAAACGGCCAUGACAUGAUGAGUGUUGACGCGUAUGCCCCAAAUUCCCAAACACUCACGUUCCUGGACACCGAGGAAGAUCUCCUCGGAGCGGACACACAAGGCACAGACUUCGACUUCACAGAUUUUACAUUGCCCUCACAAACUCAGUCGCAGACUCAAGCCUCUCAGCUAGAACCAGGACAGAGCCAAAGUCAGCAACCCAAUGGUGUCGAAAUACCACUACAAAAUGGCCUGGAUAAGGGUAUUGGAGUCAUCACACAGGGAGUGGGUGAGCUCAACUUUGAGGAAGAGGAAGAAGAACAGUUUUAUAUGAAAGAUCUCCCCAAACAUGCAUGCUCGUACUGUGGGAUACAUGACCCUGCAUGUGUGGUCUUGUGCAACUCAACAAAGAAGUGGUUUUGUAAUGGCCGCGGCAACACUUCAGGAAGCCACAUCAUCAACCACUUGGUGAGAGCGAAAGCAAAGGAGGUGACCCUCCACAAGGAUGGUCCACUAGGGGAGACAGUGCUUGAGUGCUACAACUGUGGUUGUCGUAAUGUGUUCUUGCUUGGCUUCAUCCCAGCCAAAGCUGACUCUGUAGUGGUACUGCUGUGUAGACAGCCCUGUGCCACACUAACCAACCUGAAAGAUAUGAACUGGGACCCCAGCCAGUGGCAACCCCUGAUCCAGGAUCGCCAAUUUUUAGCCUGGCUUGUGAAGGUGCCUUCCGACCAAGAGCAGAUGCGAGGACGACAGAUCUCCGCCCAGCAGAUAAACAAACUGGAGGAGUUGUGGAAAGACAAUCCUGAUGCCACACUGGAGGAUUUAGAGAAGCCAGGAGUAGAUGAGGAGCCCCAGCAGGUUCUCCUCAGGUAUGAUGAUGCUUAUCAGUACCAAAACAUCUUUGGUCCCCUUGUCAAGUUGGAGGCUGACUAUGAUAAAAAGCUGAAGGAGUCUCAGACCCAAGAUAAUAUUGUAGUGCGCUGGGAUGUUGGCCUGAACAAGAAGCGCAUCACUUACUUCCAUCUCCCAAAGGCCAAUGAAGAAAUGAAGCUGAUGCAUGGAGACGAGUUGAGGAUUCGUUACAUGGGAGAACUACAUAAGCCAUGGUCAGGUGUUGGCCAUGUCAUCAAGAUACCAGACAAUCAUAGUGACGAGGUGGCCAUUGAACUGAAGAGUAAUGCUGGGGUGCCUACUGACUGUACACAUAACUUUGUAGUGGACUUUGUCUGGAAAUCAACAUCAUUUGACAGAAUGCAGGCAGCUCUGAAGACAUUUGCAGUGGAUGAGACAUCAGUGUGGGGCUACAUUUACCACAAACUGUUGGGACACGAGGUUGAGGAUGUGGUCAUCAAGUGUCAGCUUCCCAAACGCUUCAGUGCCCUCAAUCUGCCAGAACUCAAUCACUCCCAGGUGUACGCAGUCAAGACUGUGCUGCAACGUCCCCUAAGUCUCAUUCAGGGUCCACCAGGAACCGGUAAGACUGUUACUUCAGCAACUGUGGUUUACCAUCUGGCCAAACAGAACAGUGGUCAGGUCCUUGUGUGUGCUCCUUCAAACAUCGCUGUCGACCAGCUCACUGAGAAGAUCCAUAGGACUGGACUAAAGGUGGUGCGUCUUUGUGCUAAGAGUCGUGAAGCUAUUGAGUCUCCAGUCUCUUUCCUGUCUUUACACAACCAGAUCAGAAAUAUCGAAAGUGUACCAGAGCUGCAGAAGCUGCAGCAGCUUAAAGAUGAGACUGGUGAGCUGUCAUCUGCUGAUGAGAAGAGAUACCGCUCCCUAAAGAAACAGUGUGAGAAGGAACUUCUACAGCAUGCCGACGUUAUCUGCUGUACAUGUGUGGGAGCAGGGGACCCAAGACUUGGGAAGAUGCAAUUCCGCUCAGUUCUAAUUGAUGAGAGUACCCAGGCCACAGAACCUGAGUGCAUGAUUCCUGUGAUUCUAGGAUGCAGACAACUGAUUCUGGUUGGGGACCACUGCCAGCUUGGACCAGUGGUAAUGUGCAAGAAGGCAGCCCGUGCUGGCUUGUCUCAGUCUCUGUUUGAGCGUUUGGUAGUCCUAGGCAUUCGACCUAUCAGACUCCAAGUCCAGUACAGAAUGCACCCAGCACUCAGCGCCUUCCCCUCAAACAUCUUUUACGAAGGUUCCUUACAGAAUGGAGUUGCUCCAGCUGAUCGCACAAGGAAGAAUCUUGACAUACCUUGGCCACAGGCAGACAAGCCCAUGUUCUUCUACACGACGUCAGGCCAGGAGGAAAUCUCCAGUUCCGGCACCUCCUAUCUCAACAGAACUGAGGCAGUCAAUGUAGAGAAAAUUGCAACUCGUUUCCUGCGAUCAAGCAUCAAGCCAGAACAGAUUGGUAUCAUUACUCCAUAUGAGGGACAGCGGGCAUACAUUGUCCAGUACAUGCAGUACAGUGGAUCUCUCAACAAGAAACUUUAUCAGGAAAUUGAAGUAGCUAGUGUGGAUGCUUUCCAAGGAAGGGAGAAAGACUUUAUCAUUUUGUCAUGUGUCCGAUCCAACGAACACCAGGGAAUUGGAUUUCUAAAUGAUCCACGUCGUCUUAAUGUAGCUUUGACGCGGGCUAAGUAUGGGAUCAUCAUAGUCGGUAACCCCAAAGUCCUGUCUAAGCAACCCUUGUGGAAUCACCUGUUGACAUAUUACAAGGAGCAGAAAUGUCUGGUGGAAGGACCACUCAACAACCUCAAGGAGAGCCUGAUACAGUUCAGCAAACCACGCAAGCUUGUUAACUCGGCCAAUCCUGGUGGUAGAUUUAUGAGUAACAUCAUGUUUGAUGCCCGAGAAGUACUUAUCCCAGGAAGUGUGUAUGACAGAACCCAGGGAUAUCGUGAACCAGCUGUGGUUCGUCACCAUGAUCAACUGAGCUACAUCGGACCUGAGCGUGCCUACACAGGCCCCGCCCUUAAUUUGCCGGUACCUGUCAACAUGUUCAUACCCCCAAUGCCACAGCCAUUCAACACUCAACAACCUGUCCACAUGAACAACAAGAGUAAUCCACGACAGAACCAGCGUGGCUUCAACUACCGCCAGAAACCACCCAGAUACAGCAACACGCAGACCACCCAGGGGUCACAGAUGAGUCAGAAUGGCAGUCAGAGUCAGGCAAGUCAGGAUGGCAUUUCCCAGCCAUUUUCGCAGGGUCCUUUAACCCAAGGGCCUAUGUCAAUGAGCCAGUCGUUCCAGAUGAGCCAGCCUGGCCUCUCAGGGCUAUCCCAGCCAGAACUGUCUCAGGACAGUUUCCUGGCUGAUGACUUCAAGUCGCAGGCUGAUGGCAUGUUGUCCCAGGACUCGACAUACCAGGGUGACCGCAUGUUCUAUGCCUCCCAGCUGUCACAAGGUCCCUUCAACUAGGACCGCCACUCACAAAAUCAGCCUAUGGCAGAAAGAUGAAAUGAAAACUAAGUGACCGAUCACACAAGAUCUUAGCUACCGCAAUGUCUCUGACAGUACGAUGUGCACACAAUGAGCAGUGUCUGCUAAAGUGGCCUGCCAGGUAAAAACACCACCAACCACGGGCUUCCCACGGCCACACCUGAGGGGCGCAUCCCCUCCCACACGGCUGAGUGAGACAGCCACUGGGGUCCGACACAGCCAUCCGCUCACAUGACCGAUCAUGUGGCUCUAAAGCGGUAACGUGGCAUGUUGGUGGAGAUACGAAUGGGCAGACAUAUGCCACCUGCUGGAUGAAUCCAAGCAGACGACAGACACUGCUGGGCCUGUGGUUUUGAUACCAUACUGGAGGGGUUCAGUGAAUCUGAACCUAAUGUGUGGGUAGCACUACAAGAUAUAAAUCAGAGAUCCUAUGUAGCCCUGGUUUCAUGCAAGAGUAGAUUCGCGAAACUACACUCAAACAGAAAAAAUUGUGUUCGAGGAGAGUUUGGUACCAUCUGAGAAUCAGAAUGCAAGCUUAUAUGUUUUUUCUUUGUGUUGAAAUAUAGUCUUCUCUCAGUUAACAAUGUAUGGUGAUUUGUAAUUGUUUUUUUUUUUUUUUUUCCCCUCUUUUUUUUUAAUCAAGUAAUUUUGUUUCUACCAUUGAUAGUCAUUGCUGAUGUUAAAAGGGCGUUUGGAUGGAAUGUUCUAGAUAUAGCUGUCAAACAUGAAGGAAACUUACUGUAUGACAUUAGACUAAGGCAUGGAAUGACCAAGAAAUCAUGGUGAAUGGUAUUUGUAAUUGCUGAUUAGUUGUAGAUAUGCUUGGAGAGAUAUGAAGGACCCACUUCUUGGUGAUGAUUACAACUAUUGGUUUGUCCCCUAGUACAUUAGCCUCAUUAUUUCCAUGUAGCCUGUAUAAGUUAUAGGAGAUCCCUGUGGCAUGGAAUCUUCAGCAUUUGGUUGCUUCAAACUUUAGUUCAAAACUGCAGAUAUUGAUGAUGAGAGUUCUUUGUAACAGGCUUUUGAUGAAGAAAAAUCUUGACAAUUUUGUAUGCUGCUGAAUAUCUGUUGUAUUAAGUUUUUCCUGCAGUUCUUUGUACUACUAAAAUACACUGUCAAAACUCAAACUGAAAAGUGAUUAGUUCCUAAGUCAAGAUAUAACAUACCCCAGCCGAUUUUUCACCAGAUGGCAAAAUUUGAUUUCUCGCCCUCGUUUUUGCCUAGAAAUAAAUGCAAACUUUUUGUGAAGAAUAUUGUAGAUCUCCACAUUUGAAGAAUAGAGGUGGGAAGUGAUUAUGCUGUAUGCAGGACAACAAAGAAUGAGAUCUGUUGCUCCUUGUGAGACUUAACACACAGAAUGGAAUAUCAGAAGGUAUCAGGGAUGAGUCAGCUUUACUAAAUAUACAGAAAAUGGUCAAUGUGAUCAGUUUUAUUCUUUUUAUUUAUAUGUCAACAAUCUUCUAAUCAGCUACCAGUAUUACAGCACAUUUAUACCGAAUAGGUGUUAAUAUUGGAGUAACUGUAAUGAAGGCAAGUGAUUAAGAAAUUCCAACAGGGAACUGAUGUAGGGAAUGUGUUCAGUAUUCUCUGUAUGUAUUCACUGCUAUUGUGAUUCUUCUUGUAUGGUCACUUAUGGGCAUUAAAAAGCAGGACUGAUUAAUUUACACUGCUAGAUUCACUGCUGUGCUGAAGCAUAUGUACCGUUGCUUGGAUGAUUUCACCUGUGUUAUUAUUUAUCAUAGGUUUAACUUUGUAUUCUAUGGUACACUGAAAUUAGUGACGUUUUGAUUAUUUAAAGAUGAUUUCCUUAUAUUAAUUGGUUUAAAACAACGCCUGGUUCAUAACCAGAAGACCAAGUUAAUAAGAUCAAUGUAUGUUCUGAACGCCAUUUCAUGAAAUUUUGUUAGCAAUUGAUGACUGAUUUUAUUUACACGUAUUUUAGCAAUUGUCCUGCCACAUGUUUGUGGUGCCUGAGUGCUUUCCUGUAUCACCUGUGGCUUACACCCUUGUACUGUAACUUUACGCCAAUAAACUUCUGCUCCACAAA